UACAGUUCAUGUGAAUGUGACGAAGACUCGCAUCUUCUUCCGCUGUGGAACACAUACGUAAACAAGAUGGCCGCGGCGCUCCGUCGCGGAAGUAGAUGCGAGCGUCUUCGUCGCAUACACAUGAACGCACAGGUAACAGUGCCCAGGAAUACGGCGGGAGACAAAUAUAUAACGCCAAGCGUUUUGUGAGAUUAGAUUUUUUUGAGAAGGCAUUUUUGUGAUGCAAAUGUAUUCAUCUUUUGAACACAUAUUGUUUUGAGGAGCCAAAGUCUUUACUUAAUUGUUCCCAGCGCCUACGUGGAACUACGUUCUUCAACACGUUCCACAACACGGAAAUCCGACCAGAACUGGGUUUAGGAGACCAAGUGGGGGCAGGAGAGGCGCUCUUUCAGUCCUUCCGCGAACCUGCUGCCAAACUCCACUUCCUCCCCCAUCCAUGCUCCCGCCGCCAGGCCAGCCAGCCGAAUGGAGGACAAGCCGGCCAGGCUGCCCGCACACCUGCGUUUGCAGCCGGUGUUCUGGAGCAGAGAGGAUGUGGCCCAGUGGCUGCGAUGGGCCGAGAAGGAGUUUGCACUGCGACCAAUCACAAGCGGCUCUUUCCAGAUGAACGGAAAAGCUCUGUUGCUGCUCACCAAGGAGGACUUCCGCUACCGCUCCCCCCACUCUGGUGAUGUCUUGUAUGAGCUGCUGCAGCACAUCCUGAAGCAGAGGAAGCCCCAUGUGUUCUACCCCUCCAGCUACUUUCCCGGAAACUCCUUCCACCUGCUGCCUGAAAGCACAGCGCAGCACCUGAAGCUCGAAGAAACGGUACGACGGGCGCCAUGUGCGACAGAGCCACUCCCCCAGCAUCCGCCCACCAUCGAGCUGCGACACCGCUCCCGUUCCCCGCACCAUCCGGCGCCACGACAAUCCCCCCCAGAGCCAAAUCACCCACGAGCCGCUACUGAGGACCACCUGCAGACCUUCUCCCAGCUGCCGGACAGCAAUCACCACUUGCCCGAGGACGUGUACCCUCUGUCAGUUUCCCCAGCCGCACCGAAUGGCCGCUGUGUGACCCCCAGAGAGGUGCCGUGCCCGGGUAGCCCUGGGAGCCAGGAGGUGGGCCCUCCUGGUGUCAUUCAGCUCAUGCCCAGCCCCAUCAUGAACCCUCUGUUCCCAAACCCGAGCAGGAGCGGUGGAGCCUUGGACUUCAGGCACAGCCGCAGUGUGCUUGAGAACGGCCGUGAUGGGAAGGUGCACUCUCAUCAGAUGACGGCGACCCAGCAGCCGCCACCACAUCAUAUUUUACAUCAGCAACAUCAUCAGCAGCAGGAGGAGGUCCUCUACAGGAACAUCAUCAUGCCUGUGUCUCCUCCAGAGGAGCAGCAAAUGCCCAUGGGGCGGAUAGCAGACUGCAGGCUUCUGUGGGACUACGUCUACCAGCUCCUGUCAGACAGCCGGUACGAGAACUACAUCCGUUGGGAAGACCCCGAAAGCAAAGUUUUUCGCAUCAUGGACCCCAACGGCCUGGCCAGGCUGUGGGGCAACCAUAAGAACAGGACCAACAUGACAUAUGAGAAGAUGUCCCGAGCACUCAGACACUACUACAAACUAAACAUCAUCAGGAAAGAGCCUGGACAAAGACUCUUAUUCAGGUUCAUGAAGACCCCCGAUGAGAUCAUGAACGGUCAGACGGACCGACUGGAGCACCUGGAGUCGGACACAGACGAACAAAUUUACAUCAAAGAGGAGUGCUGAGGAACUCUGGGAAAUGGAGUCAAUGAACUUUUACUACUGCAACAGCCGCCGAUGCCUUUUCCAAGCAGCUUGAACAAUCACUGAUGAUGAACCUCGAAGGUCUCGGGCAUUUGCUAUUGUCAGUCACACCCACAGAUACUUCUUUCAAAGGAUGCCUGUAGUUAAAGACGCAGUUGACAGUUCACUUUUUUUUUAUUUUAUUUCUCAAUGAACUGCAAAAGCAAGCCAAUCACUUAAUGCUUUCAUUUCUCCACAUGCAUUAUACCGUGACAUUCUGUGUGUGUGUGUGUGUAUGUUUGUGUGUGUCUCUGGAGUAAACAUCUUCUGGAUUAAACUGUAGUUUUUUUUUGAUGCUACGGUAUGUUAUUUCUUUUGGAUGAAAACGUAGAGGUGUAAUAUGCAGGAUGUCCACUUGGGGGCACUGGUGAACAACUUAAUAUAUAUUAGAGGGAAAUGAAACGCAAAUAAUAUUGCAAAUAAUACAUUAAAUUGUGCAAAAAUUGUUCAUUUGU